UGUGCUUUAACUUAUUCAUUUAAUUUAAUUUGCCAUGUUGGCGCCAAUAAAGCAUUUAUUAAGCAACUAUCGUGUUGUCCUGGCAAGUGGCUCGCCACGUCGCCAAGAAUUGGUUAAAAUGCUGGGUCUCAAUGCAGAGCUCUGUCCAUCCACAUUUGAGGAGAACCUGAAUCUGGCCGACUACAAGGAAUUCUCCGACUAUAUAGAAGCUACAGCCCUGGGCAAAGCGGAGGAGGUCUUCACGCGUCUGAGUGCCGAGGGCGACAAUAAAAAUCUCAUUGUUAUAGCAGCCGAUACAAUGGUGACGCUGGGAAAAGAGAUAUACGGAAAGCCAAAGGAUCCCGAGGAUGCCGUGCGCAUGCUAACCAACCUGUCUGGAACUUGCAAUCGAGUGUUCAGCGGCGUUGUGCUCAAACAUGCCCAAGGAGUGCGCAAAUUUACGGACACUGCAGACGUACAUUUCGGCCAGUUGUUGCCAGAGCAGAUCCAGAACUAUGUGGAUUCUGGGGAUCCACUUGACAAAGCUGGAGCUUAUGGCGUUCAGGGACCUGGUGGUGCACUAAUACACCGCAUCGAUGGCGACUUUUACUGCGUGAUGGGCCUGCCGCUGCAUCGUCUUUGCUGUGAACUGAACAAGCUAUUUCUGGAGGAUCUCUCGUCAUAGCCCGAAGCCAACUGUCUUCGGGAUCAUGCGCCAACACUCACGUCAGAGACUACAAACACGUUCCGGUGAUUUUAAUCUAAACUCUGAUAAGAGUCUAUAUCUCGCCGUUGGUUUGUUUGCCUAUAGCCCAAGUCAAUUAAAAAUAUAAAAAAAUAAUAGCAGGGAGCCAAAAAGUCAAAUGGAAAGAGAGCAGAGGCACAGUGGUUGUAGAUCGUCCCCAAAGUCAUGCCUAAUCAAUUUACAUUAUAUAAACUUAAUACGUUAUAAUACAACUCAAUUGUUUAUAGAAAAUACUUACUGAAA